CGAGUGGUGGCGUCUGCAAAGACUCAAACUAUUGACAGAGAAUAGUGCCCGCACCCUACGGCUGUUCAUAGACGCUAAGAUGCUUCGGCAUACGAAGCAUAUGCCGCCCGCGGAGCGAAACUUUAAUCAACAUAUAGGACCACUCCCCGCCUUUUCUGUUCUGGAGCUAUAUUUACUCAACGGAGAACAUGUUUUUGGAGCAGCAGUGUUGAACCUACUUGAAAUUCGUUCCACUAUAAGAAGGCUUAAGGUGGUCAUUCGACAUCAUGCGGACGAAGAAUCAUGUCCACCAGAAUGUGCUUGUGAUCUACCACGAAACUGGAGAAGUCAGAGCGUCUCCUUGGUGGCUCUUGAACAAGUGGAAAUAAAUGGUUUCAAUGGAAAUGACCACGAAAUUGAUUUCUUGAAACUUCUGUUCCGAUGCGCAACUCAGAUGAAGACAAUGACGGUGCAACUUUCCACCAAUAUUUUGGGAAGUAACAGAGAAUGGGCGGAAAUAUACAACAUCUUUAAGGAAAAUCCUUCUGUCGAAUGUUUUGUUACUGUAGCAGCAAGCAGCAAGCAGCUUCUGUUCUAGAUGAUGACUCUAUGCUUCUUGGCGCGACAAGAGUCUAUAUGUAAAAAAGAUAGUCUCUAUUUAG